AUGAGCAACUACAUAUGGAACAACACCUACUCGCUCGAAUUUUUGAGCGAAGACUUUUACGAUCUGAACAUCAGCACGAAGGACAACGUGUAUGAAGUUGUAAGGAGAAGGAAAGAUGACAACGAAGUAGAGAGCCUUAGCAUUAACAUAAGCAACCACAUAUGUAUGUUCGUGCAGCUAUUAGAUAAUUUGUUGGGGAAAAUCAGUUACAAUAACAGUACAAUAAAUGACACAUUAAAUUAUAAAAAAUUGUCAGAUAUUUUUAACUUUGUAAAAAAUCAACUAUAUAAUUGUGACUAUAGCUUGUUCUUGAGGAUUUAUUCUAUCUACCAUACGUAUAAUCAUAGGAAAAAUGGCUACCUCGAUGUGAAUAAUUUGUAUACCUUCAUUUUGGACAUAAUAAACAAGAUUGAAAAUUUGAAUGAAAAUAAUUUUCUGAUCCUCCCUGGAGGGUUUUACUUACAGAAGGAAAAAAUGCUAAUUAAAAUUCUGUACAUAAUUCAUAAAAAAAAUAAUAUGUACAGUUUUACAGUUUUAAAUAAUUCCAUCUAUGGCAUUCAGUAUCAUCCUUUCAAGAUUGACGAAGUGGACAACUUGGGUGUUCUCCUAAGGGACGUAACUUUGUGUAUAAAAAAUAUUACCAAAAAUUUCCUCACCAACUCCUUAUUUUGGCUGUGUCUGUACCGACUGUAUAUUUUCCCUAACCCAGACAACGUGGACAUUUUGUACCAGGUGCUGCUGCCAUAUUUGAACAACUCCUUUUUGACCAACAAUUGGAAUUUGAACAAUAAUAAGACGGUCCGGGUGUCCCACCCGGGGGGUACCACUGUCAGCGGUGUAAGCGAUGCCGGGGUUGGCAAUAUUAGCAGUGGUAGCACCUUUAAUGUCGACCCCUACGGAGACGCGUUCGGCCGGAUGGGAAACGCCCCCAAUUCGCAGAACCUCCUGAGCAGUACGUAUAACUAUGCAAACAGUUCGAGUCAUCAGGGUAGGGAUCACACGGGGGGAAUUUUUAGCGGCCUUAACCAAAUGGCAAAUUUGAACGACCGAAGUCAAGUGUCCAACUUAAUAAACUUGGACCAUGUGGGAAGCGGCUCAGGGGAUUUCCAAAGUGGAAAUAAAUUUAACAGAUAUGAAGGCAGUCCUCCUCAGAAGCCGGACUAUUUCAGCGCGUUCGAUUUUGUCGAUAAUGUGAAUCCCCGUGAGGGGAACAACCACAUGUACGGUAGUCGACCCAACGACAACAACCUCUUCAGCAACGCAAGGGGAAAUGAAAAGGCGGCAAACCAAAGUGAUAAAUACGGAGGCAUAUACGUAAACAUUUACAAAAAUAAAUUCACCUCCUUCUCCAUGAGUUUAUACUAUUGCAUAGUUUAUAUUUUGAAAGUUUUGAACAUACAAGAGGAAGACAUCGAGGUGUUCAAAAUUUUUCUGUACUAUAGCAUCGUCUUGAAAUUGUGUGACGAUUUGUUUGUGUAUGAUAAUGCAGAGAAGAAUCGCCUCGAUGGUUCCAACGUAGGAUUCAUGGGAAUAGGAAAGGAGAACUUCUUCACCAAUAGAAGUGACAAGAAGGAGGAGGUCCCCUUUUUUGGGAACAACAUGUCGUCUUACCCAGGUGAUGUCCUCUCCUCUACAAUGGACAUUAACCACUUGAGUGGAAACUAUGACCACGUGGAAGACGGACAACAAAUGUUCCUCCAAAAUGAUGGAAACAUCUCUAAAAGCAAUGUCUACGGCAGAAUGGAAGUUAAGAAGGAUCCAAACAAAAUAGACGCCACCUUUUUCGUCUUCCUAGACAUGAGCAUCAGAAAAUUGUGCAUCCUCUUUCACCAAUACUUUUGCAAAAUGAAAAUGGGAAUAUACGAUAAAAAUAAAAUGAUAAGAAAUGAGAUUCUUAAUGAAAUAUUGAAGAAGGUUUUAUUUGUAAAAUAUAUGUACACCAAGGUGGAGUCUAGGUUUUAUGCAGACGUAACCAUAACGGGGGGCGGAGAAAUAAUGAAAGGUAAGGAUUACAAAAAUAGCAUUAAAUUCCCCAUGGAGAUAUUAUUACAGGAAGAUAUGUACAAGAGUUACCGCAAGGUGGAAAUAAAGAAGGACGUGAAUAUUCCCAUUUCCUUUUACAUUUCGAGGAGAACCAUCCACAAUUUGGACGACCUGUAUGUUAUUCUUUACCAGACGAAUAUUAUAACGAAUAUAUUAAUUAAUCAGAAGAAUUAUAUUAAGCAUUGUUAUCUGCUUGCCUUCUCCUUCGUUUCGCAUGUGCUGAACAAUAUGUUGCCAUCCCCGAAGCAUUUUAUUUAUUUGUCCCAAUUUCAGAAAUUGAGGAGGUCACUCCAGAUUAGUCUCUUCCAGGAAAUAUACCACAUGCACAACAGUAUUUAUUUUAUAUCCUGUUCGAUUGUUCAGAAUAAGCAAAUUGUUAUGUACAAGAUUGUUAACUGUUCCAUGCUUUUGUUUUUGUACGACUUUCUGUUGCGAAUUCCGUGCGUGGAUGUGUGUUCCCCUUUCGCAGUGCAUUAUAAUGGAUUUUCCACCGGGAGGGGAAGUUAUUUGGUUCACCCGAGGGGGGGAGUAAGCGUUCAGAGCAGUGAGAGCGAAUCUGCAGAGCGUAGGGGACGCCGCCGAAAUGGUGGAAGUCACUACCGAAUGAUGAAGCAGUUCUCCAGAAACGUGGCUGACAAUGAUAGUUAUUCCUCGCUGGACGAAGGCGCACACGCCGAUAGUGGGGAGGGGAUCCAACUGUCCGGGUACUGCAUAGACAUAUCAGUGCUGGAAUGCUUUAGCAACUACUUUCUCAUAAUAAAUCCCAAGCUAAACAUAAUGAGGUCAGAUAUCAUAGAAUAUUUUUACAAAAUUAAUGAAAAGAAAAUUAACAAAAAUAGUGAACUCUUUUUAUUCGAAAAAAGUAACGACAUAAAUACGAGCGAAAUAGAAAUUCUCGAAAAUAUCAGUCUAGACUUAGGACUAGACAGGAAGAAAAAUCACAUCAUAGAAUAUUAUUGUGGACAAAAUGCCCUCUUCAAACAGUUAAUACCAGAAUUUUACCACCUUAGGGAUAUGCUUUUUCUUUUCAAAUCUUAUAUGUGUCCCUAUAUUGACAAAUUACCACCUGUGCGGGUUUACAAAUACGACGACAUUAAUUUAAGGUUCACUUACAAGAACAAGUUGCAUGUGACUGUUUUUAGUCGUGAAAUUGAUAUAUGCGGAUAUAUGUGUCCCCCUAAGGAUACUAAGUUGAAUUUUUUUUCCUUCCUCUACCAGUUUAUGCAGUCCCAGGAGAGUAAGAAGGAUAACUGCAUUUUGACCUACUCCAACCCUAAUAUGUAUACCAGUACGUAUAUAGAAAACGAGUUGGACGUUUUAUACGUAAACGAUUUGCCUUUUUUUCACCCCUCGUUGAAUCUGCGGGAUGUGGAAAUUCUGCUGCAAUAUUUGACCGUCCCAUAUAUUCGAAUUCCCCUAAUUUUGGAAUUUUUUUGUGACAAGAACAGAAUUAAAAGUUUCCAAUCGUUUGACAUCCAGCAGCUACUUCUGUGCACCUUAUUCGAGCCGUACAUUUUUAAAAAUAAGUACAAAGUUACGGAGGAAGAUAAUUAUAUCCCAACUAAGGACAGGAACAUUUUCGCCACGAAAUAUGGGUUGCUACUGAACGAACUGAUUAUGAGUCCUAAGAAUGUCCUCUGCAGUAUUUACUCCUACUUGGAAUUCUUCUUCAGUUUUGAUAAGGAGAACAGCAGUAGCGGGAAAGUCAUCAUGGUGUUUAUCGUCAUGCUAUGUACUUACGUUAACUCAUAUAUAGGAUUAAUAGUAGAGACGAAUAGGGAAAUACGCAGAAACUUGCGGAAUAUUGAAAAUAUUAUCGCAAAGGAGGGACUCCUACCUGGGGGGAAGAACACUAAGAAGGAGGUCACCCCUCUUUCGGAGAAACACCAAUCGGGUGAGUCAAGGAAGGAAAAACGAAACAGAAGAAGGAAAAGAAGAAAACUCCACUUUUUUAAUAAACUCAGAAAAAAAUUAAUAAAAAAUGAACUAUAUUGCUCCGAUGAUGUGUUCUCCAAUUUGGACACUUACUACAGGAAGAUAAAAAGAAAAUUGGAGGAUGAGGUUAUUGAAGUUUUGUUAAAAUAUGCGAGACUAUGCAUCCAGAAGAAUGACAUAACGACAUGCUGCAUUUACCACGGUUGCAUUUUGCUAAUUUAUAAGGAUAUCAAAUUUAGGGAGCUCAACCGAAACAAUGUGAAAAAUUUAUUGUCUUCCAUUUUUUUCAUUUUAACAUAUUACACCUUCAACGCGGAAACGAACUACGCUGAUUUGAAGAACAUAUACGGGUUGGGUUCCCUCUUUGUUAAUACAAGUGACAAUUUGAGCGGAGGAGGGGUGGAAUUCUCCCACGGGGGCAGAAACCAUGACAAGGGUGCUGCCAACCCAUUGGAAAUCCCUGGUUCUGGUGGGGACCCCUCAAGUGACAGCUUUUCCCUACUCAUUAAGACUUUCUCCCUGUGCGAAUGUGACAUUUUUAUUUCAAUACAUAGGCAUAGAAAUAUGUUGUUGAAAUAUUUGGAAAGAAACGAAAUGGAGCGGAACAUCAUUUUCGAGCAUACCAUCCAUGUCUGUGCGUGUGUUCAUGAGAAUAACAAAAAUGAAUACACCAAUGGUGGACGACUCAAUCGGUUUAACUCAAACAUUUUUUUGAAUUUUCGCGCGAAUGAAAAUAUCAUAAGGAAGUGGAUGCCCGCACAUAAGUUCAAGCACGUGGGGAUUUAUACCAUAGAGAAUGUGAGCAAUAGAAGGGGCAACCGCAGGGGGGGCGAAGAGAAGGGGGAGCUAUGGCAAGGGAAAUGUGCACGGAGCGUAGGAAAAAUGACCACCUCGAAUUAUUUUUUUACAUCCUCUGAUUCGUCCAGCUCGCUUGCGCUGGCCAGUUCGUCCGGUUCGACUGGUUUGUCUGGUUCGUCCGCUGAUUCAAACUCCUCCAUGUCAUCGUACGAUGAUGACUUCACGUCCACGGAGGAGGACGAAUCGGAGGAGUGCGAAGAUGCUGGGGAAGUGGCGAACGGAUCCGUGCAGAAGAACCAACAGGGAGGUGCAGCUGCCCCCUUGCAGAGGGAAGCGGAGUUAUCCCCAUUUGAAGAAAAUGCAAGCGGGAAAAACGACGGGGAGGAUAAAGCGACGACGCAGACGGAUCAGCCAACUAGUGGAAAGUCCAGAAAAAAGACAAAGAAGGAAGCGGACGACGAGGCGGAAAAGAUAAACCAAUUGAAGAAAAAGAAGCGAAAAAAAAGGAAGAAGAAAAAGCAAAUGAAGACGAUGCAAAGAAGGAGAAGCGACUUUUUGGACAAUCAGGACGAUGGAAUUGACAAAGAUGGAACGAUCAGGAACCCCUUACACGACACGGAGUCGUUACACUCCAACACGAUAAACCCCAUCCUAAACCUCCCGUCCUUUUUAAAAAUCACCAGUAGAAACAUCAAUAGUAGUACUGAAAAGAGGAAGUUAAGGAUGCAAAGGGCCAGAGCCAGGGCGAAGGCCAAGAGGGACAGCAUCCUCAGCAAUAACAAGUACAUUUCGUACAUAAAAAAAAUAGUAAAAGAAAAAAAUAUUCUGAUUAAUCUGCAGCUAUUCACAUUCUCCUACAAGGAUAAUAAUAUCAUUACGCUGAAUGAUAACAUUAAGAAGUUUAAAAAUUACAGAGACGUCUUUUUCAACAAUAAAAAUAGCUACCUCACGAAUGAGAAGAGAAAAAGGGCACAUCACGGCAGUAGGAUGAAGAAGAAAAAUGUGAAGGUCUUAAUUACACAGUCGUAUCAGAACUUCUGCGCCUUUAACAUUAUUGGAAAGAAGCACAAUUUAGAAGUGUGGAAAAUUUCCAAUAAAAUAAACUUAAAAAAUUUAAUGAGUUACCAAUAUGAUAAAUCCAAAAUAUUUUACCUCAAAAGUGGUAGCCUAUUGAGCGGUAUGAAAUUUAGCCCCACGAAGACGGAGCAGAUUAGUAACGAAAACACCUCUACUGGUGAUAAUAUGAAUAUGACUUGCUUUUACAACUUCCUGUCGAGCGAAGUCAAGGCGGGUGUUCUGUAUGAGCAGGAAAACAACGACAUGUACGUGCGAAUAAUUUGGAAGUUUAAAAAAAGUGACAUAAAUAGACCAAAUGGGGAUAAUAAUCCUAAGGGCAUCCGAAUCGGUGCUGAGGAUGCCAAGGGUAAGGACAACAACGCCGUAGGGGGGGUGGACGAUUAUGGAACGAGAAAGGAUAAGGAACUUUUAGAACUGAAGUCGUUUAAUAUAAAUUAUGAGACGCAGAAUAUUGAGGGUCUGUUCAAUUUUAAAUAUGAGGAGAACCAGUAUGACAGCAGCUUGAUCAACACAACGGAGGAGUCCUCCUUCAGUGAUGACACCAGGAUUGUUUCGAAUGGGUACGACCUGGAAGCUCACCCCGGGGGGGACAAUGGGGAGAAGGCAUCCACGAGGUUGGUCCCUAGUAGUAGUAGUAGCGAUGCGAGUAGUGGAAUAAGUAGCGGGAGGAGCAGCAGAGGAAGCAGCAUUGCAGGAGGAGACCUCGCCAUGUUGGGUAUGGGAACUGAACCGAAUGGCUCCACUAAAGGAAUAACCAACAAGCAAGCCAAAAAGGGAAAUUACAAGGAAUCCGCGGGGAGUAAGUUAAUAAAAAGCGGUGCCGCCCAUUUGGAGGCAAAAAAGGAGAAGGAAAAAAAACAAAAUAAAAAAAAAAAUGACAGACAUGUGGAUAAGGAAGCGAAAGAGGAGGAAGAACAUGGACUUCGAGAAAUAAUUUAUCGGAAAGACGUGAACUGCAUCUACAUUUAUAACAUCUAUUUUAAAUUGAACCGUUUUGUGAAGAAGCUAUAUUAUUGCAGUGACGUGAAAAAGGUGUACUUCUCGACCAGCAUAAAUAGGUGCAAAAAUUUGUUUUACAAUUUUGAAAAUAACAAUGUGCGUCUUUGUUACUAUAACAGUAAGGAGACGUACGAUAAGUACAGCGUGAGCAUAUCGAGAAAUCUCUACAACAACAUCCAGGUGCAGACUUAUUUGAACCCAGUGCACCUGUCCACCUUCGUCCCGAACAUUUUGUUGCAGUACUACAAUUUCUGGUACAAUUCGGAUGGAAGUAUUAUUGGGGAGAUAAAGAGUUUGAAGAAGAAUCGGAAGAACAGAAAUUCGAUUAUCUACAUUAGGUUAUUCGAGGGAGGGGGUGAAGACUUGCUCCCCACCGAGGAGAUGGGCAAAAAGAACAAAUGCCUCAAUUUUGUGAAGAAGGGGUUACACCUGCAGGGUGGAGAGGGCAAGCAUAUGCUCAGUAUGCACCAUUAUGGGGUUGUGCAGAAGUUACAAAUUUUUAAUUCACCUAAGGAUUCAAAUAAAAUAACAUCCUUGAAGGUGAACAAUGAUUACAGGGCCUUGACUCUUAUUAACAUCCUAAGUUAUGAGAAUAACGAGGUGUAUAGAGAUUUUUACAACCUACUGAUGAAAUUUGAUCACAUUACCUAUAUACUAAUUUACACGUUGAGUGUUCCUUCCCUUUUUGGGGGUACCUCCGAAAAUGUGGAUGUGAGCAGCAUGCCCAUAACAGUCGACUUGGUUGAAAUACCACGGUUAAAUUUGACUCUGCGUAGGAGCAAUGUGGAUAUAAGGAUGGGCGUCGGUGAAAAGGAUGAUCCAAGUGAAAACCACGGUGUUCUGUCCAGCGGGGUGACGAAAAAGGAUUCUUAUAAGUACCACUUCGAAGAGCUGAACAUGCAUUUAUAUACGGGAAAUUUGCAAAAGUAUAACUACAUAUACAACGUAAUAAAGAAGAUGAAUAACACGGUUCUCCUGCAGAACAGCAAAAGUGACUUUUUCUUCCUGGUGUCUCUGCUAAAUAAGCCAUUUUUUCUCAACAUUGCAAAUUUGUAUAAAGAAUUUAACAAGAAAAAUAUCCACCUGUGUACUCUCUUGGAGAAGCAUAUAAACAUUUUGCUAAAAAACCACAUGUAUGUAACUAUUUAUUAUCACAAUUUUAAUAUAAAUAUGAAUGUGAAUAAGAAUGUAGAUGUGCUCAAUGAGAAUGCCGAGACGAACACGGCGUCCAGUCUGCAGUACAUUGUUCUGUCCAUCCAUAGUUCGAAGCUGUUUAUCAAUUUUAGAAAUAUUUACAGCUGCUUCUUUUUUAUCGUGUACAAGUAUAUACAGAAGGAGCAUGAAGAGGUGGUCGAGUAUUGUAACAACUUAAGCGUCUGCAAAGAUGACAUUAAGGAGAUUAAAUAUUUGUUAAACAUUUUAAACUACUGCGAUAGUAGCAUAUUUUCCGAUGUGGACUCCUGCGCAUGCAGAUUGAAAAUAUUUAUAACCCUAUCCAAGCAGAUAAAAAUUAUUCUGCGGAAGAAGAGGCAUCGAAUGGGGAGCAGAAAAGACAUGUGGAACAUGGAUCAGUAUUAUAACAUUUUCCACUAUGUGAAAUCUCUUUGGAAUUUUGAUAAAUCAGGACCGAAUGAUAAUAACUCCUCCAGUGGGAAUGAAGGAUACAACAGCGGGUUGGACGGUAAUCAAUAUACCACCAGUAGGGGUGCCAACAGAAGAGGAAGUAAGAAUGCAAAUGGCGCCGCACAAAGAAGGGACGCCAAAAAUGGAAGGAGAAAAAAUCAACCGAAUGAUACAAUGAAGAAUAGUGAAGACAGCUCAAGUGUGUACGGCGCGUCGGACAAUUCAUCCUCCUACGAUAGUAACUACGUUUCAUCUGAAAAGGAAAAUAAGAAGAAAGAAUUAAAUGCGCAAGAAAAAAUCAUCGACGGGGAGGAUGACGAUUUAAGUGGCAAAAAAAAAAUUAUCAAAAAGAGCACGGAUUUUAAUAAAAAAAAAAGUGGAACAGGAAGGCACGGAGAAAGUCAACCAAACAGUGGUCAAAGGAACGUGCAGGAUAAAAGUAAUAAUGCGCCAUAUGAAGAGAGCAAAAAUAUGCACAUUUACAUAUACUGGGACAUUAUUAGGGACAUGCAGUUUUAUAUAAACAACCUGCUUUAUAUUAAGGCCAAAUGCAAACUAACCAUCGAUGAGGAGAUUUUCCUCUACCAAAAUUGUAACAUUAAUAUACAUAAGUACAAGCUGAUUUACAAUAGGUACAUUAUUUUGAAUAGCAUUUUAGAGUCCAAGAUGACGUCAGACAAGUGCAACCCACUUUUCUUUUAUAACAUUUUGAGGAAGAAGCAGCUGCAGAAUCAGGCCAAGAUGAGGAAGUACCAAAUUCAGUACCGGAAGAAAAGCAAAAUUGAUGAGCUGCACCCGACGAAAAAGUUGGAAAUGAAUUUGACCCAACCGGAGUACAACCUGACGUAUAAUCAGAACGGCUACCAUAUGGGGAAGGAGAAAAUGCAGCCCAUUGUGGAGAGUAAGAGCCAUUUUGAGAACAUAAAGAGCAAUUUCGAAUCGCUGAAAAAUUGUCUAAGUGGAAAAAAGGAAAGGCAAACAAAGGAUAACAAUCUCGUCGUUUCAAUUAACGUACCAAAAAUCGAAGCAGUGAAAUACAUUAAUAACAUCGAUGAGAAUAUAUUCAUGAACAUAAAUCUGUAUGACAAUAUUGGAAAUAUUAUCAACAAUAUGAGUUACAAAAAGAUGGAAGAUAAGAACAACGUGGAGGCUCUGAACUACCUGAACAGUUUAAUCAAUUCAUUGGGCAUACAGAACUUUUUUAUAAUUUACAAUUAUUUUAUUAACAAUUUGAAUGUCAAAAUGAUUAAAGGGGAAAACACCUUCCUCUAUGGAAACCUUCUCUCAAGGUACCUAUACUUUUACAAUUAUAACAUAAGUCAGUAUAGUAAAAUUAUCUACAUCUUUAUAUUUAUUAUAAAUCACCAAGAAAUUGUGAACAUGCUUCCAAAAAUUGACGACCAGAAAAUGAAAAAGAAUUAUUUAAACUUCUUCAAAACGAAUGACUCCGUUUUUAACUUCUUUAAUGAUAUUUUUAAAUUUGUUCAGAAUUUCCAAAAGGAAAGAAAAAAAAAAAUUAAAAAGAAUAUCCUACCCCUCACGGUGGACAAUAAUCUGUCCAUAUGUACAUCGGAUGUAAUUAAGUACCGACUCAUUAUUAACAUAAACGUGGACGAUUACAUGUGUGAGAAGAGGGUCAUACAACCCUUUGACGUUAAGCCAAAUGUGCACGUCGGUUCGGAACUGCUUAACGAGUUAUGCUUCAGCCCGUUUAGGAAGCUGUACAAGUACCUACGCAGGGUGAAGCGAACUGAAGGGCCAACCCAACAUGUGAAAGGGGCAGCCUCCCAAGUGGUUAGCGAUGGAAGAGAAGUAACCCCCAGGGGGGGUACGUCGCCGAGUCUAAACCAGAUCAACCACUUUACAAACGCUAGGAAAAGUAUGCUCAAUUUCGACUUUGAAGAAAGUAACAUAUCGUGCCAGAACACCUAUUCGAAGAAUUUUAUACAGAAUAUGAAAAACGACUAUAACGCCUAUCUGGACUAUCAACGGAAGAAGGUCGAAUAUGAAUUCAUCGGGUUCAGCGCCGAGGAAAUUAAGAUGACCUUCAAUAAUAUUAAGAAGCUGAAGGAGUACGUAAACAUGUUCGUGAGCAUUAAGGACAUUUUGCUGGAGAUUUUCGUGGGGGACAAUAAGCUUCUUGAGAGCAUAAAUGAGUUCAUCGAGGGGGCGGAUGAGAAUGCCAAUGGCAACGGUUUCGAUAGCAGCAGUGAUGAAGACAACUACAGUCACAACGACAGUGGUAAUGGCAACGCUAGGGGUAGCCGUAGCGACGGAGGGAAGGAAAUCCUCACUGAGGAGAAUACCCCCUGGAAUGAAGACCUCGUAGAUAUAGACAUACACAAUGAGCAAGACCAAAGUAACAAUCGCAAAAAAGGGGCAGAAAACAGCCAGGCUACCAGCUACUUUCUGUACAAAUUUGGCGUUCUAGGAAAAGCAGAAAAGGAAAUCAAUCUAAAAAUCCUCAUAAGAUGCUUCAUGUCCAAGUACGCGCAUGAAUAUUUAGCCAUGAUAAAUCCGAACCUGAAGAAAAAGAGCGCCAAGAAAUUUAUUAACAUUGUCUUGCUUUACAUGCUUAUUAUGAACAGGAAGAUUUUCCUGCACGAGUGCAUAAGUAGCGUAAUAAAUAUUUUGAAUAUCUUCAAGGUGUACAAUUUGAAGUUGAAGAUUUUGAAGCAGAAGGAAAAGAGCGUGCGUGGGAACGACGGUGCAGUAUCUACGGUGGACGAUGGAACGAACGCCAUGCUGGGCAAGCUCCUGAACAGACAGCAGAAAAUCAUAAACAAAGCCAUAAACACGAUUCAGCUGGGAACGAAAAACCUCACCCAACUGACUCUCACGGAGAGGCACUACUUUACAAAGAGGAACAAAUCCAGCCACCAAAAAAUCGUGCACAGAAAUUUGGACCACAAUUCGGAUUCGUCCGACGUGUCAACAUGCUACUUUUCGAGUGAUCAGUAUGAGGAGGGGCAGAAAAUUCACCAUGUGAAGAGAGAAGAAAAUGAGGGGAAAAAAUACCUGAACAGUUUAGGCGGCAAGAUGGCGGACCCAUUAUUGCUCGGUUUGCACGAGGAAGAACAAGACAAUGUGAACAAGGGCAACAAUAUGCCCAGCGGGGAAAGUGCCCACUGCUACUACACGUACGAUCCCCGGCUGCUAAUUUUUGAGUACACGAACAAUUUAAUAAUACGAAAGAAGCAAGUAAAAAUGAUAAAGAAGUUUAAGAGGGAUUUUAUAAAAAAGAAAAAGCAGUACUGUUAUCAAAUAAUUAUGGGAGGAGGAAAAACAACGGUGUUGUCACCUCUCUACUUUUUAAUCUUUUCCAACUACUUCUUAGUAUUUAAUAUGUGUCCCCAUCCGUUAAUUCACUUUACGAUAAAUACAUUUCGGUCGAGAUUUUCCUCCAUCAUAAAGAAGAACAUUUACUACUUCAAUUUCAGUCGAUACGAUAACAUCACUACGGAUCUGUACGUAAGUCUUUGUAGUGCACUGGAGAACAAAUACAUUUUGGUGACGAGCCCAACGUGUAUCAAGUCACUGUUCCUUAAAUUGGUGAACACAAUUCAGGAGUUAAAUAAUAUUAAAACGUUUGACAUGAUUAAACAGAAGGCGAAAACGCACAUUACAGAUGCCCUGACGAAAUUUCUAGGAUUUCAAAAUGAUGAGAAUGCAAUGAAUGCUGCUAAUUCUAGUGGAUUGAGAAAAACAAGCACAAGUAUGUCUGGUCAUGUGGUCAAGCAUGGACAACCACCCACGACGAGUGAUUACAAUAUGCUGAAGAAGCAGCUCGAUUUGUCUGUUAGAAUUUUCGACAUAUUAAAUAAGAGUAUUUUACUGAUUGACGAAAUUGACAACGUUUUGCAUCCCCUCAAGAGUGAACUACAUUGGCCUUAUGGAACAAACAGAGAAAUUGAUCUGGUCAAUGUGGUGAGAAAUUUUACCGAUGUGUUCAUGAACAACCCGUAUUUGAAAUUUCUGUACGAUAGUAAAAACGACGACGUGGAUAUUAGGAGCGUCAAAAUUGCCGUAGCGAAUCGGAAGGAAGUAAGUGCCAAUUUGCUGAAUCAUAUUAGACAGCUGAGGGAGGAGGAGCAAGCCCAGAGACAAGCGCAGAGACAGUUACAGCAGCAAUUGCAGCUGGGGGGAGGCAACGAUGAGGAUGAUGAAAUGAGGAGGGCAGCCCAACAUAUCAAUUAUGGAAGUACUGGUGGUAGCAACGCAUACCACGUAGACCACCUCCGCAGUGACAACAGAAUGAGACUAAAAAAUGGAGCGAUCAGCAAUUUUAACAACUCCUUAUCAACGCAGCUGUAUAGAAAAGAAGAUGCAGAUAAUUACGGUAACAUGGGAGAAGGUGUCAUAUCGGGGGGUGCACUUGGCUCAGUAAUGAAUGGAACAACCAGGUACGGAUCUGUCAAGAAUGUAAACAGCGGUGAGACAGGCACAACAUAUACGUACAUCGAUUUGAGCUUGUUUAGAUAUAAGCUAAGUUGGGUCCUGAUUGAUUUUUUUUUCUACCCUGUGUGUAAGAAGCUAACCAUCCCGAUGAAUAUCCACUUCAAUACAAAUACGGAAUAUAUAGAGGACCUCCUAAACACGUUUAACAAGGAAAUCGAAAAGGGGAUAAGAAACCACGACAUUUCACUAAUCCCACAUUUCCACAUAAUAAAUUUUAAAUGGUAUGAUAAUAUUAUCUGGAUCAUUGCUCGGUAUGUAUACUACUUUUUACUAUGCUAUAAGAUAAGUGGUGUGUCGCAAAAGGUGAUUGAGUCCUAUUUAUGCAUUCCCCUAUGCAUCGGCUACAAUGACAUUAACGUGAAGAACAGGUGCAAAGAUAACAACUUCAGUAGCUCCACCAUAAGGAGGUUAUUAAAUAUAAAAAAAAUUUCCAACAAGAAUUAUUCCACAGAUGGGAACAAUCUGAGGAGUGAAGAUAUGCAAGUCCUAUCGAGUGAUUACCAUUUUAAAAUUUUCGAAAAGAUAAAUACGCUGGAUUAUAUUUUGUGUAAAAUUUUAAAUCUUUGUCGACUUUACAUCAAUGGAAUUUUGCCAUUCGUUUUUUCGAAAGUAAAUACGGUGCAUUAUGGAAUCCUUUCCGCAGAGCAGAUUAAUAGGUGCCAAAUGAUUAUGAGCAAGAGUAGGUACUUCCUGGCUGUUCCCUACAUUGGGAAGGACACUCCCUCUGAAAUGUCCGAAUUUACAAAUGUCGAUGUGGUCGUUUCGCUGACCAUUUUGUCCUAUCGGUAUCAGGGCAUGAGGUACUUUGACUUCAUCCUGAGCAUGAAAAAUAUUUUGUACAACUAUUCUCUGGAGAAGGAUUACGAGCGUGUGCAGAGCGAAUCCUCCGAGGGGAGCGUCAGUGAGGGGCGCAGCGGUACCGAUGGGGGAAGCAACACUAAUGAGGGAAGUAGAAGUAAUAGUCGUGUCAGCAGUGAUGAUGUACUUGCCGACAAGACAGACGGGUAUGCCCACUCGAGUGGGGACCAGGCCAGUGAAGGAAGUUCUACUAAAGGGAGCAGCAUGAUCGAAACGGAUAAGUCUUGCAGCGGGGAGACGCCCACCGAGGAAACGAGUGGGAAAAAAUUCAAAGGGAAAACGCGAAAGUCACGCAAGGGGGAAGUGAAAACAAAGAAAGAUAAGGAAAAACAAACAGAUGAAACGGUCAAAGGAGGCACAAAACAAACGAAGAGAGAGUUAAAGAACAUGUACGAUCUGUACAGAGAAGUAAUCGAAACUAGCGGAGCAAAAAUAAGGAAAACGAAAAAGGAUAUUAACAACACAAACUUUUUCAUAUACGACAAUAAUAUUAAGAAGAGGAGAGAACAAAGUAGGAAAACAAAGUUGGGAAAAAAUUACGUAGAUAAUAUAGACAGGAUAGAUUUAAGCGAUAAGGAAAUGUUGUACGAUCUGUACAAUUUGACCAGAAAGAACCCAUUACUAAUUAGUUACUUCCUGUUGGGAAUUAUUCUUAACAAAUAUAUUAAGCAUACAGAAAAGCAGCUUUCAUCCAACUCCCAAGAUUUGACAAACAAUGUUCUGUUUAAGUACGUUGUAGGAUAUAGUGGCACAAGCAAUGAUAUACUCCCUGAAGAAAUUCACAAAUGCAAAUUUGAAAAAAGAACCAUUGGUUCUAUACUUAAUAUUAUUAACGACCCUAAAAUUGUGAACUUUAUUUUCUUGCCAUCUCAAAUUGCCCCCAUUGAUAUUUUAAGGAGCCUGACUUUUUCAAAAAUAAAAUUUAAUAGCCUUAUCGAUACGGGCUACCUGAUUAAUAAUAUUUCGCCGAAGAAAGUCGCCUAUUACAUUUUGCAAUUCCUGGACUAUAUUGACUGCUGCGUUUAUAUCGAUAAUGGGAAGCACAUGUGUAUGUUGCCCCUGGAGAGGAAAAGGCGAGGAAAGAAGAAAAAAAAAAAGACCAGAAAUAAAAUUCUCAUGGAGUGCCCAGAAAAGGGGAAGCAUGCCAAGGUACGUGGUGGAGAACACACAGGAAGAACCACCCCAGGUGCGAAUGAAAAACGCAAGAAUACCAAACAAACAAUGAAAAGAAGAAGGAGAAAAGCAAAUCCACGUAGUAACAAACAAAGUGGAAAUAAAAUAGAAAAUAACCUACACCUGAAUGUUGAGAUUAUUCCCCUGCAAGAUUGCUACGUUCCAAUUAAGAAGCGGUUCAUCUACUUUGAUCACAUCAAUACGUUUGGGCAGGACAUAAAGCAGUACGUGAAUGCGAACAGCUUGGUCACCGUUAAUAUCGGGAAUGACAUUUCUUCCUUCAGUCAAGGCGUCUUUCGUUUACGAUCGAUCGGCAUGAACCAGAAGAUAUUCUUCCUCAUCCCCAUGUGUCUGGUUAAACUGAUGAACGUAAGUACGAGUCUAUUUAAGGACACAGUUUUUGCGGAGGUGGUAAAGGGGAAAUCUGUAGGGGCACGAACUGUAGUAGGAGAUCACCCCAGUCAAUGUAGCAAACAAGGUUUGAACCCUCCCCCACAGGAUGAGAAGCAGAUAUUGAAGAGGUUCGCCAAACGGAAGAAGCGAAUCCUGCGGGAGUGCAACAAAAACUACAGCGAAGGCAGCCAGACAGAGUCGGAGAACGGCAUCGGUGAGGCCACCACAAUCAUAAGUAGCAGCAGCGGGGAAAGCGCAUCAAGCAUAGGUAGUGUUGGCGGAAGUGAAUCUGCACAUGGGAAGAAACCCUCACCCACUGGUGGGAUAAAUAUAAAUGUUGGUGGGACGGCUAAUCAAGAUGACGAUAUUGAGACAGUUCCCCUGGGGGAAGCCCAACAAACGGAUGACCCUCCACGUGUGAUGGACCCGCGGGAAGAAUGCAUAUACAUGAUCGACUGUUAUAAUAGUAUCCACUUGGAAGAAAAAUCAAAGGAAGAGGUUCUAAAAGAACUGACGUACUACCUCAUUCUGAACAACAUAAGUAACAACAUAAAGCAAUGUGAGCUCCUAUGUGUGCAUGGCAUAGUUAAUAUUAUAAAGAGGAAGAGCAUCAGGAUGCUGUUAGAUAAUUACAUAAACAUUGGGGUUUUUAAUUACAGAGAUUAUUUGGGUAUUUUCAACACAAGUAUUGAUUUCGACGUACAGACACAGGUACCCUCCAAGAGCAGCUCCUUACUUUGCAUAGUCCAGCUGAUUGAAAAGUUUCAGAAUAUCUUCACCAAGGAGGAUGAAUUAUUCCUUCAGGACAUUAUUUAUCGCUACUUUUGCUUGCAUUAUGAUAUUUCCAAUAAAACUAUCGUAAUGUAUUUUGACGCCUUUUUUCCUCGAAAGAAUUUUAUGAGUACAAAUUUGCCGCACGUAAUUUUAGACCUAUUUGAAAAACUCAAGAAGAUUAAGAAGGACCACUGUGUUUUGUCUUAUAAGAAAAACUUCACCAAGAGGAACACCAACAAUGAGUACAACGCGGAGGACGAUAACUCGAUCGACAAUCAUCUGUUCAGUCUAGAAAAUGAACAGGAGAAGGAGAAGGAAAAAGAAAAGGAGAAAGAGAAGGAAAAAGAGAAAGAAAAAGAGAAGGAAAAGGAGAAGGAGAAAGAAGAAGAAAAAAUUACGGAAGAUCAAAAAAAAAAAAACAUAAAAUGUAAGAAGGAUGAAUACAAAUUGUACAGAUGGACCAUGGACGAUAUUAACUCAGAUUUAUUUGGAGCUAAAACAAAAAAAAGGGGAGAUCAAACCAAAGGGGAAGAAGCUACUGGUACCAUUUCCUACAUAAAUAAUAAGGUUGCAGAGAAGUUCAAUCGGUUGACGGAAGAUAACCAUCUGUUCAUCCCCCUGAAUAAACUACCAGUGAAUGACAUCUACUUGAACUUCCCCUCCUAUGUGUAUGUCUCCAAAAAUUUUACAAACAUAGACUCAAUCAACACAAAAAAGGGGAAGAAGCUCAUGAAUGUGCUGGUCGUUAUCGAGUGUGUGCAGAAUGCAGAGGAACAAGUCACCCACUCGAAUCAGCACAGACACAACAACUAUGACGAGUAUGCUGAAAGGGAGGCUUUGCAAAAAAUCUGGAACAUUCUGAAGGAAGAUAAUAUACAAGAGAUCUUAAGCAUUUUGGACGUCAAUCCUUUUAAGUAUUCCUACGAUCUUGCGAAAGUUAUGACAGAGCAUGUGAAGAAAAACGAGUUUGAUGGCAACAGGUUUGACAGUUUCGUUUCGCUACUAAACAGAAUGGAACUCUACUUUAGUAAUAAAAACAAAAAGUACAUCAUUGUAAGUUUGCAGGAAGCGGAAACGUUGCGUUAUUACAUCCAUAAGAGGUUCCAUAGGCAGAAAGUGGCCAUGGCCCUGUCGGGAAGAUCCUCCCAUUUGGUCAAAACGGACAGUUUUUACCUCCCCCCCAAAGGGGAACCAAACAAGAAUGCUAAUUGUGUCCUUGAGGGAGGUACGAGCAAUGCACAAGUGGAGGAGAGCGGCCCCAAUUUAAAUCACAAAAUAGAAAACCUCAUGGAGGAAGAAAUGUUCCAAGAAAAUUUAAUAAGUGACGGGUGGGGGCUGAACAACAACCUUUCCAGUAUAGCAUUGGAUGAAAAGGGUGAAGAUGACGAUAUGGAUCACUUUUUUAUGGAUGACAUUAACAAAGGGGAAUUAGAAAAGAAGCCAAACGGGAGUCAUACAAACAAAUGGGAGAUUACACCGUGGGGGGCGGCUAAAGAGGAGCAAAAUGUAGAAAUGCUAUCCAUCUAUGAGAAGGAAAAAAUGGAAAUCGAACCAGCAAAGGAAGAAAACCUCUUUUCAGAUGUGCACAUAAAUCUGUACAACUACCACUUUUGGUUCACCCCCAUGGAAAUUACAGACCGAAAUAAUCUGAGGAAGUAUCUCUCCAGGCAAAUACAAAUAGUAUACAGCGUGUGUAAAUUCUUCAACUCGGAUCGAAAAUUUAUUGAUGCACAUGUGAAUUUGUUACUGCAGUACUUGAAUUUUAAUUCACCGAAGCACCGAUUUACCUAUUUCAAUGAUUUGUAUCUACAAAGGAGAAUAAUGAAGGACAAUCUGACCAAGGGUAACCUCAAAAUGCCUGAGAAGAAGAGCUUCCUCAUUAAGAAAAAUAUCGAACUAGAAAUGGUGGAAAAAAAGCUGUUCGAAGGAAAUGGAGAUAUAUAUGCCUUUAAAAUUAUGCAACAAACUGUCAGACAAAGUUUAAAAAAAAAACAAUUAACACUUCAAGAAAUUUUUGACAAGGAUGAUUUAGACUACAUCUGCAGCAAACAGGACAUCCGAAUCCUUUUCGAUUUUUUAAAUAUCCGGGAUAGCAACAGUGUGAAUGUUUUAUUUGACAUUUUGGGCUCCACCAUUUCUUUGCACGAGUUGUGCUUUACUUUGAACCCUAUGGAAAAUAUGAAAAAAACCGAGUUCCAGAAGGACCUGUACAUUGAGGACAAGAAGAAAUAUGCCGAGGAUUUUGUCAGUGAAGCUGAAAAGUACCUUAAGAAUUUUAGAUUUUCUCUUACGGAGCACACGUAUUUUAAGGUGGUCUGGUCGGGCAGGAUUUCCAGCCAGCGAAUUGUUCAGGAAGCGCUGGACGGCCGGGAGGGAGCCCAAUUCGGCCAAGAGGUUAGCGAGUACGCUCUGGGUGCAGCAUUGGGUGGCGCAUCGUUAGGCGGUGGCGUGAGCAGGAACGCCCCCCCGAGUGAGAGAGACCCCAUCCACAAAUCUCCGUCGAACGAUUUGCUAAGCGACAUUUUUGGAUUUAACAAAUCGCAGAGAAGCGAAGAUACCAUGCACGCCUCUCAGAUUAACCAUCCAGUCAGAAACUCGGAGCAAUUUUACAUCUACGAAGCGGAAAAUAUAGACCCCAAAGAUAGAGGAAUGAUGAGUAAAAAUAAGCAUAAAAUAAUUUUUGGCCAUUAUGCAUCUACCAAACCAGCGGAUACUAAUUUCCCCAUAUUGGAAAUGACAGACAUAUCGAUCAACAGCAUGUAUACAAGUGCAUCUGCUCAAGAAAUUCUUAACCUUCUAUUUCCGUAUCCUAAAAAAUAUUUGUUAUUGUGGCAUGAAGAUUAUUCUAUAAAGAGCGUCGAUGAGUGUCUGCACAUAUGGAAGCCAGUCUUGUCGUCUGCCCACAUGUGUGGUACCACCUUCCUGGGCUUCGUGGCCACCGUUGGCCCGCACCAACCCCCCUUGAACAAGAUCAGGGCUUUACCCAAGUCGCUCGUCAAGGUGGUACAGAAUAAGAAGUUUGCCACCUUUUACUCGGACAACAGUUUCUCCAUCGAUAACUCGGGCGUGUUAAAUUCUUUGAACGUUCACUUUUUCAAUGGCCUGGACUUUAAAAACUACGAAGAAUUCCUCUUCAGGAAUUUCUCCCUUAACAUUGUCGCAAGGGUUAAAAAGAUCAAGUCUGUGAAUGAAGACAUCUUCAAUUUAUGGGGCGAAGAAAAGCCGCAGGAGCAGGAGGAUGAUGAAGAGACCUCCCCCGAGUGGGAAAUAAUUCCCCAGUGCCUUUAGUCCUCUUAAACGUUGCUUCCGCGUAAAAUGGGUUAUGUGCUUUUGCAUAUUUGUGAAGUAAACAAUUUUGCCUGCCCCAUAUUGAGUGUACCUCCCCUUUUUUCCAUAGCACCAUGGGGAAAAUUGCUGCCCACAUGACGGCGAAAUUUUUUGCGGCAUUAUUCUGCACGCCUGUACAUGUGCGCACAUUUUUUUUUUUUUUUUUACACAUUUAUGUUGCAUUUU